GCAAGUGAAAGUCCCGGUUGUUGUUAUGGUUUGAGAGAAGGAAGGAGAGCGCUCUGAUAUUCGUAUUUCUAUCGACUCGGAGGAGAAUUCGCCGUCAAAAUGAGUGAGACGAGUGCUGUGGUGGAGAAAUCUCUGCGUUCCGUGUUUGUUGGAAACAUUCCAUAUGAAGCUACAGAGGAGAAACUUCGUGAUAUAUUUAGCCAGGUUGGCCCAGUCUUAUCUUUUAAGCUUAUGUAUGACCGUGAAUCUGGCAAACCAAAAGGUUAUGGCUUCUGUGAAUAUAAAGAUCAGGAGACGGCACUGUCAGCUAUGCGUAACUUGAAUAGCUAUGAGAUCGGAGGCAGACCACUCAGAGUUGACAAUGCUUGUACAGAGAAGUCAAGAAUGGAGAUGCAGAGUUUGAUGAUGGGUCCUGUUGUGGAAUCCCCUUAUGGCCCGGAUGUGGAGCCAGGGAAAGCUCCAGAAGCCAUCAGCAAUGCAGUUGCCUCUCUUCCCCCAGAACAGAUGUAUGAACUUAUGCGGCAAAUGAAGCUGUGUGUGCGCAACAACCCCACUGAGGCUCGCACGAUGCUCAUGAAUAAUCCUCAGCUUGCUUAUGCAUUGCUGCAGGCUCAGGUUGUCAUGAGAAUCCUUGACCCCAAGACAGCUGUGCAGAUUCUCCAUGGGGGACGAGAAGCAGUUGACCCCUUGAUGCCAGCUGGAAGUGUUCCUCCACCAUCUGUUCCUCCCCCAACCUCUGCUCCACCAACACUUAAUGGAGGACCCCCUCCCCCAAGUGGCCCUCCCCCUCCAAACAACCUACCCACACGCUACCCCCCACCCAUGGCAGGAGGACCAGGGGGCUUCCAAGGGCCCCCACCUGGCCCUCCACCUUCAAGAGGACCUCCUUUCCCAGGGGGUGACUUUGAUAUGCGUCAGUUAGGUGGAGCACCAAGAGGACCUCCACCCCAAGGAAAUGAUCAGGAUAUGCGACUGCCUCCUCCAGGUAUGGGAGGACCUCCACCUCCUCAUGAUGGCUAUGGAGGCCCACAUCAUGACUUUGAUAACAGCCGACAGUCAAAGGAAUCUGAAGGAAGUAAUAGAUUUAGCCGUGAUCAACGAAGUGAAUUUGAGCAACGUGACCAGAGGAAUGACCAGCGUGAUCAAAGGUUCAGGGAACCGCCACCAAGUCGUGAACCUCGUGAGACGUUCACUCGUGGAGAUCCUAGAGACAACAGGGAAAGGGAGCGUGACUCCAGGGGAUAUCGAGACCCGAGGGACAGCAGGGACCAGAGAGGAGACCCAAGAGACCAGCGUGAUACCCGAGACCCUAGAGGAGUGGAGAGGGAGAGGGAACGCGAAAGGGACAGAGACCGCGACUACCGGAGCAACACAAGUUCGGACACCAGGGAUCCUCGUUCUUCUCGUUCCGGAUUCCAACCAGACAAAGACUUCAGAAGCGGCGGUAAUCCUCCUCCUCCAGUUGGUGCCCCAUCCCAGCCGCCUCCUCGUGGAGUGCCACCGCCAACAGGAGCGCCACCCACACUGCCACCCAGCUUGGCUGGGCAGGACCAAGAGAAGGCCAGCUUGAUCAUGCAAGUAUUGCAGCUGUCGGAUGAUCAGAUCAAGAUGCUGCCCCCAGAACAGCGUGCCUCUAUUCUGCAACUGAAGGAACAGAUACAGCGUUCACAGCACUAAAGGUUGUCACCACAAAUCCGACUCAUUUGCAGCCCAGCUCAGGAUUUUAAUGCGUGGUUACUAUAUUUAAUUCUGAUUUUUUUCUUUUGACAUCUUGUAACUUUGACAUUUAUUCACUGGUAAAUCUGUUUCAUAUUAGCCUUGUAAGAAAUUCCAAACUUGGGGCUUGAUGAUGAUAAAAUGAGCAAGUAAGCUUUCUUUUCAAAAUAGCUUUGAUGCUAUUUACAGCAGAUAAAUAGUUUUGUUGAUAUACAAAUGGUAUUUCAUUUUCAUAAACCAGUAAAUUUGAUGACUGAUUGUAUUAAUUUAUGGGUCCUUAUUUAGUUCAUUUAUCAGAAAUUCAGGAUCCUGUAAGCUCUUAUUAUUUUAUUAUUACAUUUUUUUAAUUAGGAAAAGAGAUGUUUCAAUAAUAUUACAUUUUUGUAUAAUAUGGCAAAAUAAAAAAGGAAUGUAGAUAUUA